UUUAAAUUUGCAAGCUUUGAGGAUAUUAAGAAGAUGCACAAUUGUGAAUCUCCUUUUUUGAUAGAUGUUAUUGGCGCGUAUGAUGUUGGACAAGAGUUCAAAAAGAAAAAGACACAAAGGGAUGCUUGGUAUAGUGACUUUCAUUUGGAAAACUUGGAGGCCAAACUAUCUUAUGUACUUUGUAUGGAGACCUAGUGCUUGAAGUCGAGAGGUUUUUGGCUACUUCUUUUAGUGGUCCAGUUAUAUUCAUUAUCCAAGCAUGCCGCACAAAUAAAAGAUAUGGUGAAAAGAUUGGAGUGGCUUCUUCCUGGGAUGCUACCAAGUUAAUUUUGAAUGAACAUAUUCCUGACAUAGAAGAUUUUCGGUGCCGGUUUUUGAAUUCAAAGCAAACAAUGAAGUCAAUUGCAAGCCAAACAACAUCAUCUUGCGUGACUCUAAGAGAAGAUAGCAUUGAUGUUGGAUUUACCAUGCCUCUUUUUGAUUUAGACACAGCCAAAGAGGUUAAGGGUUGCUGGUUCUACGCUCAAAUUUGCUCGAUUCUUUCAUUAAAGAAUUGGGCUUACUUGGGAUGUGGUAAUAAAACAUGCUUUAAAAAGCUUAAGUAUGAGGGAGCAUCUCUUUACUGCAACAAUUGUCGAGAUGUCAAACAGACAGGUAUUUGGUGGUACAUGUUAAAAUUAAUGGUGAAGCAUGGUAAGCAUUUUGUUGAGGUAGUUAUGUGGGACGAUGUAUCAAGUAAGCUAAUUGGCAAACCAGCAAAUGAUCUCAGUGACAGCCUUAGCUUGGAGACUUUAUCGCCUUGUGAUGUUCAUAAUGAUGUCUUGGAUUUAAUUGGCCGGGAAUUAAUAUUCAAGGUUGGGAAUCGCAAAGUGAAUACCCUUACAAAUCAGAAGGAGUAUACAAUAGCUGCGUUUUCUGAAAACACAGAAAAAAUUAAAGAGCUGAAGGAGGCUGUUCAAGAAGAAGUUGUUGAGGUAUAUAACUCAGAUUCUGAUCUUGAUUUGAUGUGUGAUGAUUACACAAAUGUCGAAUCAAAUAUGACGCCGUGCUCACAAGAAAUUGAAUCUCAUCGUACUCCUGAGUCGGUUUUGUCCAAGAGACAUGCUACUGAUGAAAAUGAAUCUGAUGGAAUGGAACAAAGCUCAGUCAACAAGAAGUUCAAGGGGGUUAAGAUUGAGAUUUGACUCGACGUGCAUUAAUUUAUUUUCUGCUUUGAUAAAAUUGGGUACUUGGGAAUAAUGAUGUUGCAUGAUUUAAAUUUUAUUUUGGAUUGAAUAAGAAAGACAAUUUAUCAUUUCAGUAUAAAUUUCAUAAAUACUUCGUUAUGGAGUUUUUUCCAUUUCUCUUUUUUUGUACGUCCAAUGCACAGUGUUAUCCAGGAUAACU